AUGUUUAAGAAGAAAGAAUGGCUAUCUGUUGAGAUCAUCAGAGCAUUUUUUCUUGCUGCUGUUUCAUGUGUGGUACUCAGUCUUCAGGCCCUGUGCAAGCGGGAGAAUAGGGAUGCUGGCAUUCUCACAGUUCAGUUUGUUGACUUGCUGGAAAUCAAACUGAUAGACUCCCGGAGUGUUCUAACCGGUGACAGCAUUAAAGAACUGGGAAGCAAAAUUCCAGGAGCAUCUGCUGCUGUUACUCAGGCUUCAUCAAUCACUGACCAGGUUCAGAGUGUUGCUUCAAGUGUUCUAGGGGCUGUUGAGACACCUAUAAAUGACGCGAUUCUGAAGAAUUUCUCUUUGAGGACAAAAAGAUAUUGUGUGGGAUACAGCAACAGAAAUGAUUGUGAGAACUUGCUCAUCAAGUUAUCAAAAUUCUGGCCAAAGUUCAUUAUCAGCAGAAAAACCUGUCAACUGAGCAGGAAGAAACCAUCAGAAUCAUUCAAGAAGUAUGUAGCAAGGAUUACUCCUGCCACCAUCCAGGCCUUCUUGAUUGUUGACUUGUCUGCUGUUCUGAUACUGGCCACACUGCUUGUUUUCUCACUCUGA